AUACCCUCACAUCUUCACAGUCAGCUCUUUCAUACCAUCACAUCUUCACAGUCAGCUUUCAUACCCUCACAUCUUCACAGUCAGCUUUCAUACCCUCACAUCUUCACAGUCAUCUCUUUCAUACCCUCACAUCUUCACAGUCAUCUCUUUCAUACCCUCACAUCUUCACAGUCAGCUUUCAUACCCUCACAUCUUCACAGUCAUCUCUUUCAUACCCUCACAUCUUCACAGUCAUCUCUUUCAUACCCUCACAUCUUCACAGUCAUCUCUUUCAUACCCUCACAUCUUCACAGUCAGCUCUUUCAUACCCUCACAUCUUCACAGUCAUCUCUUUCAUACCCUCACAUCUUUACAGUCAUCUCUUUCAUACCCUCACAUCUUCACAGUCAGCUCUUUCAUACCCUCACAUCUUCACAGUCAGCUCUUUCAUACCCUCACAUCUUCACAGUCAUCUCUUUCAUACCCUCACAUCUUCACAGUCAUCUCUUUCAUACCCUCACAUCUUCACAGUCAUCUCUUUCAUACCCUCACAUCUUCACAGUCAUUUCUUUCAUACCCUCACAUCUUCACAGUCAGCUCUUUCGUGUGA